AUGAAUCCUCCCUCUAAAGAACCGUCUGUGUCCUUCGUCCCCGAGCCGAAUCGGUCAAUCGCUUCGGUUUCUUCGGCGGGCAGUGGUCGCCGGGUGGGUCGACGCCGCUCCACGCUCGGGUUACCUUUCGCGCAAUCGAAGGGGCCGCAAGACCAGGCGCGCGAAGCGGACAAGUUGUCCAACACGGCCGCCACGUUUCUCGAGCGAGGCGUCCACUCACAAAAAUCGGUGGCGUUCUUGGACAACCACGAAGGGAAUAAGGAAACGGUGGCCUGUUCAAGGUGGAUUUAUCAUGUGAUGCUGAUCCUGCUGAUGAUUGUGGUUAUCAUUUUAUGUGGAGCCUCCGCAACUCUGGAAUUGUUCGCGUUCCUCGACGACCUGGCGUGGAACGGGAUCCUCUCUGAGAAACGAGCCUUCCCAUCCGUUUCAUCAAAGGAUGUAAUCUUUGCGGGUAAAAAACUUCGCCAUGUGGCCCAAGUUUUUCCAGCCGCGGCGAAUUACACGAAUUUGAAGAAGUACUUGCAUCGUGACCAGUCCCUCGAAACGGGUGUGAUCGUCCUCAUCCUGGCCGUUUUUCUCUACGCCGCCGUGCAGCUGGUCAUUUUCGUGGCGUGCAGCGUCUCCGAGUGGAGGAAGCGUUUGAUCGCGGCCUUCAUCGGGUUUGGCGUUCUGGGCGUGGUGCUGUUCGUGGCGGGAGUGAUUUUGACCAUGUCCACGAUCGUCUUCAUUCCCGACGGGUUUGUCCACAUCAGGACGCAGAUUGAGGACGUGAACGUUUCGGCGGGAGGAAUGGUGCCACACCACAGGCCGCAUCAUUACAAAAAGGUUAAUCCGGAUUGGCCCGUGGUCACGAAUAAUUGUCAGGUGGGUACAAUUUAG